AUAGCGAAAAGUGAGAAGAUCAUCACCUCAUGGAUCGACUAUACUUUUCAUACGAGCUCAGUUUAAUACUUCCUCUGCACCAGUAGACUACAAAUUAUCGCACCUAGCUAUGGAACAAAGUAAAUCAUCGCCACCAAUUAGUCAUUUGCGCCUAAACACGACGCGCAUCUUUGCUUUUGCAACUACAAUCCUACUCACCAUGAUCAUAACAAUGUUUUGCGUAAGCAUUAUGAUGCGUUACGAGGUGGACAGUGAGGUUUCUAGUAUAGAAGACACACCUUACUGGAAGGACGAAAUGCCACCAGAGCAGAAAUUAUGGUUCGAUGAAGCUAUUGAAGAGCUGAAAGUGGCGUUAAAUAAGAAUUGGCGUAAGCAGCUGGCGCGUAACGCAAUCAUAUUUGUGAUCAGCGGCAUUGAUACGGAAACGAUGGCAGCAGCGCGUGAAGUGCUGUCUAAUCGAAGUAAACCACAACGUAAGCUAAGUUGGGAGCGAUUUCCGCAUCUUGGCCGAUUAAAGAAUAGUUGCAGUAAUACGGAUCUCUGUGACCCAUUCACCGUGGCCAGCGCUCUUUUUAAUGGUGUGCGUCCCAAUUUUCGUGUGGGUGGUUUCGAUAGCAGCGUGCAUUUUCGCGAUUGUCGUGCUUCAGCGAAUAUUAGCCAUUACGUGAAAAGCAUACUCGAGCAGGCACAGGAAAAUGGUAUGCGCACUGGGCUUAUAACCACACGUCGCGUUACCGGCGCGGCUAUGGGAGCGUUAUAUGCUCACACGCCCAACACUGCUUGGGAAUGCGAUGCUGCGCUGCCAGUAGCCGCUAGAGCGGCUGGUUGUAUCGACACCGCAUUGCAGCUCAUUAAAAGUGAAGUGGGACGGCAGGUCAAUGUGAUUAUGGGCGGCGGAAGACAAACGCUCGUCUCACAUUCACCUAACACCGCAUGGGACCCUGUCGAUGAGACAGUUUGCGAUUCGCGAGAUAACCGCAAUAUCAUAAGUGAUUGGCAAAAGCUGAACGUUAAAUUGAAGCGUGAAUUUGCGGUACUGCAGAAUAACCAGGAUUUGCAGGAGUUAAAUGGCACUAAUGUGGAUCAUGUCAUGGGUAUUUUCGCGAAUAAUUAUCUACCUCUGUUGAUGGAUGGUCUGAAAGCGCCGAAGAAACGUACGCCACAACUACCGGAAAUGAUGGGGAAAGCUUUGGAAGUUUUAAAGCGCAAAGAUAAGCGAUACUUCCUUAUCGUGGAGAGUGGCAUCAAAUCUUCGGCAAAUGUGUCAGAGCAAAUACGCACACUCUUGCAUUGGAACGAUGUAGUGCAACAGAUAGUGGAGCAGAAUAGUGAAGAUGAAACUCUGAUUUUGUCGGUAUUCACCAAUGGCUAUUAUGUGCGAAAUGCAGUCGAUGGCAGCGCUGAGGUAGAUGUCAUACCUAAAGAGAUGGACUUUCCGAAUGAAAAUGAAGCGGCAGCGAAUGACCGCUUGGUUAAUAUGCCUACGGAGGCGGUGGUUUAUGCAAAAGGUCCGCGCUCUCAUCUUCUUCACGGUGUUCAUGAGGAAACUUACAUGUCUUACGUGCUAUCCUACGCACUUCAAAUGGGCCAUUUCAGUCGAAAGCUUAACACUGAGGAAAAGCGAAACAUUUAACGGGAAAUACAUAUAUGUGCAUAUCGUCGGUGUUUUUGCGAAACCGCCCGUCGACCAGUUGCAAAACCGCCUAAAUCGCCUUGUGGCAAAACUGAGAUUUGGUGACCCUGAACUCCAGGCAUCGAGAUUUAUGCAUAAAAAUCUUAAAAUCAUUAUUAAAACAACAGAUUUGUAAAAAAAAUAGCUACAGAAAAUGCCGCCUAUCAAGUCAAUGCCUUCAAAGAAAACCCGUUGUUUCGCUCUCCUGCAAAAUUUGAGUGCCGUCGAUAGGCGGAUUCGCAUUUGGUCGAUGGGCGGUUUUGCAAAAACAUCGACGAUACGUAUGUACACUUGCAUACACAUAGAUUUUAUUUACUAUUUUUAUUAAC